AUGCCCACCAUCACCGACUCGGAGCAGAUUGAGUUCCUGCUUAGCUGCGUCCGUCACGCGAACAACGGCAAGGUUGAUUUCGGAGAAGUUGCGAAAGAAUGCAGCAUAGUCUCUAGAGGAGCUGCCGCGAAACGCUACGAGCGUCUCUCAAAAGGCCGCAACAACGCUCCUGGCGGUGGAUCCGCAGCUGACACCCCAAGCCCAAGCCCAAGAAAGGCUACUAAGUCAUCGGUGGCAAAGCGCAAGACUGCACCGAAGAUAGCAGUGCCAAAGAAGGCAGCUGCUAAGAAGGGAAAAGCGAUGAAGGUGGUUGCCGUUGCCCUCGCAGAAAUUCUGGUUAAGCAAAGGACUGACUUGGCAAAGGUUGAAGAGCAUUCCUCUGGAGAGGAUACUGAGAUCGACGAGGCUGCGCUUGGGGUUAGUGAUGAUGCUUUAUUUGAUCAAUUCUGUAAUGCUGACUGA